AGGACAGGCUGAGAUAUGAGCUGAGAGGUGUGGUUUUGAGAAUGAGGAGACAGAUAAAGCUGCAUGUCCUCUGUCUCGCAGUAAGGUGGUGUAAAUUCAGAAGAGAACUGGGCUGCGCACCGAACCCUGAGGCACACCACUGGUGAUUCAUGAUGAAGAGGGUUUUGCUCUUGGUUUUUCUUGGAGCUCUGAUGCCUGUGACAUUCCCACAGACUCGUAUGUUUUACUUUGUGCCGAAAUUGAUGAGAUGGUCAGAUGCGCAGAUACACUGCAGACGGAAUUACAUUGAUCUGGCCACCAUCGAUGACCAAACUGAUAGGGAUGAGAUGAUGAGAGUCAUACUGCAGUUUCAUAAUGGGGACGUGUGGACUGGACUCAGUCGGACAGACAAGAGUGCUCCCUGGGUCUGGUCCGAUCAGAGCCCAUCCACGUUCAUGCCAUGGGCUCCCACUCAGCCAAACAACUGGGGAGGCAGUCAGUACUGCGUGGUAGUGACUCCGGGGGCGGGGCUUAAUGAUCUGAAUUGUGAAGGAACCUUUCCUUCUGUUUGCUAUACUGAGAGACUCAAACAGACGGUGAGACUGGAAAUCAAAUCAAAUCAAAAUGUGAAUGAUCCUGCUGUGAAUUCGGAGAUUCUGCUGCAGAUAGGAAAGAGAUUGAAGGAGAAUGGAUUAAAAGAUUAUGCAAAGCUCUCAUGGAAGAUUCAGCCAGAUGCAAAUGUCUUCCAGAAGAUUGAUGCCACUCAACAGACUGAACCUUGUAAAACAGACGGAAGAAAGACGUUUUAUUGAUCCACUAUUAAACAAUAGUAUAGUAAGAACUGCAUCGUUGAUUUGACACGAUUACCCAUUUUAGCCAAUUAUGUUUAAAGCUUAAUGUUUUGGCUUUAUGCUUCGUAUAUGUAGACUAGAAAUUUGCUUUGAGUUUAUAUAAAUGCUUGUCAUGUAAAUCUCUGCUGUCAUGGAUUGAAUUUCAGUAGCUUUUGUAAAGCAUGUAAAAUGUGAUUCAGAUACAGAAGAGAGGAAUAAGAAAGUGUUUUCUUCAGCAGAUUGACGAUUAAGAGCGGUUGUUCAUGAUGAAGACUGGUUCUUUUGGAAGGAAAGUGGUGUGUUUUCUUCCUUUUUUAAAUAUUUUUUUUAUAAUUUUUACCCUAUAAAGAUCUAUCUACUGUUUCUUAUUUCAAAGGCCUCUAAAUGAUCAAAACUGUGCUUUAAACCUGUUUCACAGUCUUCUGUCUUCUGUCUCUGAUUGAUAGUUUAGAGUGUUUUAUUCAUUAAAAGCUCUUCUACUGUAAUUGUACAAACACUUCUUGUGUAUUUCUGCUAUCAGAUCUUUCCUGAUUGUGAUCCAGU